GUUGCGAGCUUCCGAAAGGCUUCCCGCAAGCGGGCCCCUUCUCCCGAGGGCAUACACCAUGCCGCCCAAGCGCCGCGCAGCAUCGACAAGAACAACGCUCAUUGCCAAACGCCCUUCAAAACUUGCGAAAGAAAACGGCCUGACCGCCGACCAAGAAGCCGAGAUACGGGAAGCGUUUAGCUUGUUUGCAGUACAUCACCCGGAUCAUGAGGACUCGAAAGAGGGUGUUCUGAGGAGAGACGAUGUACGCCGAUGCUUAAUAUCUCUGAACCUCGGCCCUGACAAAUCAGAAAUCCCUUCCAUUCUCUCAACCAUAGACCCGCUAAACACCGGCUUCGUCGAGUUCGUCCCAUUUCUAUCCUAUGCCGCCAUAGCCCUACACUCCAAGGAUGAAGACGAGGAACAAGAUGACGAAGACGACGAAUUCCACGCGGAGAGCAAUAUGGAAGAGGUCAGGGCAGCAUACAAGUUAUUCACUCAUGGUGGACCGGGACCGAUAACGCUCGCGCACCUGCGGAGAGUCGCAAAAGAGCUUCGAGAAGAUUUGCCAGAUGAGGUGCUCAAGGACAUGAUUCUGGAAGCCAACGGUGGCGUGAAGGGCAAGGGGAGAGACGUUGGUGGAGUGGGUCUGGAAGAGUUCGAGAGCGUGAUGAAGAGAGCUGGAUUGACAUUUGGAUGAGGUGUCUAGGGUGCUUUUACGAGCCAUGUGUAUAUGUCCUGCAUCUGAGCGUGGCGUUUCGGCGGGGCGUGUGUUUCUGGACAGAAUGGGAUGUGUUGGACCUAAACCGCAUCUCUUAUUUGGGCGGCUCGUACGCCUAGUGAGGAAUCGAACCAUUCGAAGGUAUUUUGCAGUUAAGAGAGCAAUAGCCCAGUGGAAAAGGUAUCCUUCUAAGUGGAACACAAUGGAAAUACCUAGUCAAUCAUAUCUUC